GGCGGCCGCGGGAGAGUCUCUGCGAGCGGCUGCCGCGGCUCUGAAGGGUCGCGGCGAAAGUGGGGGGGAAAGGAGGCUCCAAGACCUGCGUUACCCCUUCUGCGGCGAGGAUUCACCCUCGCUCGCCGGGAAAGAUGUCGGAUACCAAGGUGAAAGUGGCCGUCAGAGUCCGGCCCAUGAACAGGCGAGAGUUGGAGUUGAAUACCAAGUGUGUUGUGGAAAUGGAAGGGAAUCAGACUGUCUUGCAUCCUCCGCCUUCAAACAACAAGCAAGGAGAAAGCAGAUCAACAAGUUGUGUUUAAGUGCCUUGGAGAAGGAAUUCUUGAGAAAGCCUUUCAGGGAUAUAAUGCUUGCAUUUUUGCAUAUGGACAAACAGGCUCAGGAAAAUCCUUCUCUAUGAUGGGAAAUGCGGAGCAGUUGGGUCUGAUCCCACGGCUCUGCUGUGCUUUAUUUCAGAGAAUCACUUUAGAACAAAAUGAUUCACACACUUUUAAAGUAGAGGUGUCUUAUAUGGAAAUAUAUAAUGAAAAGGUCAGAGAUCUACUUGACCCUAAAGGGAGUCGGCAAUCCCUCAAAGUUCGUGAGCAUAAAGUUUUGGGUCCAUAUGUAGAUGGUUUGUCUCAACUAGCUGUUACUUGCUUUGAAGAUAUAGAAUCACUAAUGUCAGAAGGAAAUAAGUCCCGGACGGUUGCAGCAACCAACAUGAACGAAGAAAGCAGCCGCUCUCAUGCUGUAUUUAAUAUUAUCAUCACUCAAACACUUUAUGAUCUGCAGUCUGGCAACUCUGGAGAGAAAGUGAGCAAAGUUAGCCUGGUUGAUCUGGCUGGUAGCGAGAGAGUAUCUAAAACAGGAGCUGCAGGAGAACGUUUGAAGGAAGGCAGCAACAUAAACAAGUCCCUUUCAACACUAGGUUUGGUUAUUUCAUCCCUUGCAGACCAAGCAGCAGGAAAGGGGAAAAAUAAAUUUGUGCCUUACCGAGAUUCUGUACUCACUUGGCUUCUCAAGGACAAUUUGGGAGGAAACAGCCAAACAGCUAUGAUAGCUACAAUCAGUCCAGCAGCUGAUAAUUAUGAAGAAACAUUGUCUACGUUGAGAUACGCAGAUAGAGCUAAAAGGAUAGUAAAUCAUGCUAUAGUGAAUGAGGAUCCCAAUGCUAGGGUUAUCCGAGAACUACGGGAAGAAGUAGAGAAGCUGAGAGAGCAACUUUCUCAGGCAGAGUCUAUGAAAGCACCAGAAUUAAAGGAAAAAUUGGAGGAAUCUGAAAAACUAAUAAAAGAACUCACCAUUACCUGGGAAGAGAAAUUAAGAAAAACUGAAGAAAUUGCACAGGAAAGACAAAAGCAAUUAGAGAGCAUGGGCAUUUCUCUUGAAUCUUCAGGCAUCAAGAUGGGAGAAGACAAAUGUUAUCUGGUGAAUUUAAAUGCAGAUCCUGCUCUCAAUGAAUUGUUGCUUUAUUAUUUAAAGGACCACACCAGGGUUGGUGCGGAUACCUCACAGGACAUACAGCUAUUUGGGAUAGGAAUUCAACCAGAACAUUGUGAGAUAGACAUUGCACUAGAUGGAGAAGUUUCUCUCUCACCAAAAGAAAAUGCAAGAUCAUGCGUGAAUGGCACACUGAUAUGUUCCGUGACUCAGCUGUGGCACGGAGAUAGAAUCUUAUGGGGGAACAACCACUUUUUUAGAAUUAAUCUUCCUAAGAGAAAGCGUCGAGAUUGCUUUAAAGACUCUGAAAAAGAAAAAGAACAUGAAACAGAACUGGAUUUAGAUGCAGCCAGCGAAGCUUCUUCAGAACCAGACUAUAACUAUGAAUUUGCACAAAUGGAAGUUAUAAUGAAAAUGCUAAACAGCAAUGAUCCAUUGCAAAAUGUGGUCCAGGUAUUGGAGAAACAAUAUUUGGAAGAAAAACGUAGUGCUUUGGAAGAGCAGCGGAUAAUGUAUGAGCGGGAGCUGGAACAGCUCAGGCAACAGCUUUCUCCAGAGAGGCGUUAUCAGCAGUGUGAUGGCAGCCUUUCAGAUGGUACCCAGACUGUUCAGCAGAAGAUAAACCUCUGGUCAGAAGAAAGAGAUGAAUUAUUUCGACAAAGCUUGGCAAAACUAAGAGAACAAAUAGUUAAAGCCAAUGCAUUAGUAAGGGAAGCGAACUUUUUAGCUGAAGAAAUGAGCAAGCUAACAGAUUAUCAAGUCACACUUCAGAUCCCUGCUGCUAACUUGAAUGCCAACAGAAAAAGAGGAGCAAUUGUCAGUGAACCAGCUAUUCAGGUAAAAAGAAAAGGAAAAAGCACUCAGGUGUGGACCAUUGAAAAGCUAGAAAACAAAUUAAUUGAUAUGAGAGAAUUAUAUCAAGAAUGGAAAGAGAAAUUUCAGGAGAUGAAAAGACUCACGGGAAAAAGAGGCGACCCUUUCUAUGAAGCCCAAGAAAAUCACAAUUUAAUUGGCGUAGCAAACGUCUUUUUGGAGUGCCUUUUCUGUGAUGUUAAGCUUCAGUAUGCAUUACCAAUAAUUAGUCAACAAGGAGAGGUGGUAGGCCGUCUGCAUGUUGAAGUGAUGCGUGUCACUGGUGCUGUCCCAGAACGUGUUAUGGAAGGAGACGAUUCUUCUGAAAACUCUAGUGAAAGUGGAAGCUUAGAAAUCAUGGAUAAUAAUGGAGAAAUUAUUCACAGACCAAAAAAAUUCACAUGCAGGGUAAAAAUCAAAGAAGCAACGGGACUACCACUGAAUCUUUCAAACUUUGUCUUUUGUCAAUAUACCUUCUGGGAUCAGUGUGAACCAACUGUUGCAGCACCAGUUGUCGAUCCAGAUGUGCCUUCACCUCUGGGCAAAGAUGUCCAAUUUACAGUGACUUUCUCUCAUUGUAGGGAUUAUGUGGUGAAUGUAACAGAGGAAUUUCUGGAGUUCAUUGCGGAUGGAGCUCUUGCUAUUGAGGUCUGGGGUCACAGAUGUGCUGGAAAUGGGACCUCCAUAUGGGAAAUAGAUUCUCUUCGUGCAAAAUCUAGAACCUUGAGAGACAGGUGGAAUGAAGUAACACGUCGAAUAGAAAUGUGGGUUUCAAUUCAAGAACUAAAUGAAAUUGGUGAUUAUGCAGCUGUGGAGCUUCACCAGGCAAAAGAUGUAAACACAGGAGGAAUUUUACAACUUAGACAGGGUCAUUCUCGUAGAGUCCAUGUGGUAGUUAAGCCAGUGCAACACUCAGGAACAUUGCCCCUUAUGGUUGAAGCUAUUCUGUCUGUGUCCAUUGGCUGUGUGACUGCCAGAUCAACCAAAUUGCAACGGGGCUUAGACAGUUACCAGAAAGGAGAUGAUGAUGAUGGUGAUAUGGAUAGUUAUCAGGAGGAAGAUUUGAACUGUGUAAGGGAGAAGUGGUCAGAAGCGCUAAUCAAACGCAAAGAAUAUUUAGAUGAGCAAAUUAAAAAAAUCAACAAUAAAGAAGGGUCCCUCCUCCUGGAAUGGAAACACAUGUCCCUGUACUUUUCCUUGAUCUAAACGCUGAUGAUCUUAGUGCCAACGAACAGCUAAUAGGUCCACAUGCAUCAGGAGUGAAUUCAAUACUACCAAAGGAGCAUGGAAGUCAGUUUUUUUAUUUGCCGAUAAUAAAGCACAAUAAGGAUGAGAUUUCAGCCACUGCAGCCUGGGACUCUUCUGUACAUGAUUCAAUUCACCUAAACAGAGUAACACCUCAAAAUGAGAGAAUAUAUUUGAUUCUGAAAAUUACAGUCCAACUCAGCCAUCCUGCUGCAAUGGAAUUAGUGUUACGUAAAAGGAUUGCUGUUAAUAUUUAUAAUAGGCAGGUAUCUUCUAGUCGAUUAGAUCUUUCUGGCUGUGAUGAAGAUAAGGUUUGGCUGGAAGGUCAUCUAGAUGCCAUAGACUGUUCUAGUUAUCAAGAUAUAUCAUGUUAUGGUACUUUACCAAGGGAUUCGCCUCAUAAAAAUAAAGAUAACAAUGAGAAUCUACAGACAUCAAGUAUCAGUUCAUUUAAAGCUUUCGCUCCACAACCACCCAAAUUUUUCAAACCAUUAAUGCCAGUGAAAGAAGAGAACAAAAAGGCCUCUCUGGAGACGCAGCCUCUACUUAGCAAAGAGAGCAUGCCAUCAUCUCAGGUAUAUAAUGCUGAUUGUGUUGUGUUGUCGUCAGGAAAUAAUGGCAAUAGCAUGCCAUUAGAACUCAAUAACAUACAAGAGGCAAAGACUCAGGACUCUGAGGAAGAUGAUGAUUUGGAGAUUAAUAACAAGAAACCCUAUGUGCCCGUGGAAUUUGCUGACUUCAGUGUUUACAAUGCUAGUCUGGAAAAUAAGGAAUGGUUAUCCAAUAAAGGAGAUUGUACAAACUCUUGUGUUACUGAGAAAGAAGUAUCUCGUAGCCCCACCACAAGCAGUAUUACAAGUGGCUAUUUUUCUCAUAGUGCCUCUAAUGCAACUUUAUCAGAUAUUCUUAUUCCAUGUAGUGAAAGCACGGACCAACUAGCCAAUCAGACGAGGGAUUUGGAUUCAAAUGACCAUUCUGUAGCACACCUAACCCAUGUUUUGAAAUCAUCAAACCAAGGAGCUUCAGAGGGAGAAAGGGACUUUGCUAAAUGUAAAAAAACAGUAUCGCCAAUCACAGGAACUUGUGCCUUAGCAACAGAAGUUCAAGUGUCUGAAAGCACAAGUGUAAAUGCUCCAGGGUUACAGUGUUCCUCUUUGGAUUCCUCCACUAACAAACUUGAGAUUGAAUUUCCAUCUCGAGAAGCAACAGUUGAGCACAUUUCAAAUGUUUUUGAGGAUCAUGCAUUUACAGAAUUCAUGGGUGUUGAUGACGCAAAAGAAUUUGAAUGUUCCACAAGUAUAACUUCUAACAGAAAAAAACAGUUCUUAGUAGCUGGAAUGAACUCUGUCAUAUCUUUCUCAAAAGAUGUUCAUGACCAAGAUAGUGCUUUCAGCUGUCUGGAAUCCGGAUCGGUGGAAUAUGAGCUGUCAAGUAGUGUUGAAAAUCCUUCGUUGAACGCCAGAGAAAAAGAGUCUUCCAAUUGCCAGCAGUGUGCAACUCUCCCAGCAGGUGAUUUCGUUAGAAAAAAUCAUUUAGAUGUCCCACAUUCUGAAGAUACUAUUUCUGAAGGACAUCCUAACUGGUUGACAGUAGGGGAGCAAGUAUAUAUUGAUGAUAAUAAGACUGGCACAGUAAGAUACAUUGGCUCUGUGGAUUUUUCAACUGGUACUUGGGUUGGCAUUGAAUUACACAUUCAAAUGGGAAAACAUGAUGGAACUGUAAAAGGCAGAGAAUACUUCCAUUGCAAGCCACAACAUGGGAUAUUUGUUCGUCCCGAAUGCCUUGCUAAAUCACCAGCUCAAGUCAAGUUACGCAGUAGAACUUCACAAUCUCAGGUAUUGUCCAGUGUGGAAAAGUUGAAGAGUUCAACAUUUCAAGGAUCAUCCUCUCUCAAAGCAGAAGCCUUCUGUCAAUCAGGAGAUGCAGCAGCUUCUGCUUUUUCUAGAAAACAGGAGAUUAGGAAAUCUUGGAUUAACUGAAGUUGGUUUUGGUUUUGCACUUGCUGCACAUAUCACUGGGGGUUGGGGGGGGGACAGUUUUUUUCAAAACAGUUGUAGUUUUAAGAUGUAAUUGAAUGUUUGAAUCACAGAUACAAUUCUAUGGUUCUUUUUAAAAAAAAUAGACUAUGUUGACUGUGUAUCAUUUGUCUACCCGAAAGGCAAACACCGUUGCACACUAGAGUACAAUCCUAUCAUAAGCUGGAUAUGUACCCCGUUGAGCUCAAUUGGAUUCCUGAGAAUGGAUGUAUAUCAAUGCACUGUUUGUAGAUAAAACUGUGAGUUUUACUGAAUGUUGCUGAACAAAUUGGGUUACAUUUUAUACAGAAUAUUUUAUUGGAUGGAAAGGUCACGGGAUGUAAAUAUACAUCUGAGGGAAAACAUACAAUAUGUUAAUUACCAAAGAAUUUGUAUUAGAUUAAUACACAUGCUGUUUAUAUCAUGGUUUAAUGGUAUGGAUACGUUUUAACUGACAGCUUGGUGCCAUAUUUCUAGAGAUUAACACCUGGCAUCACGCUACCGUAUAUCUUUUGUUUAAUAUGAACACUGAAGAUACUGUUUUCACUUUGAUUUUAUGUUUUGUCUUCCUAUGGGCCUGCCACUGUGUCAACUUGACAUUUAUUGGAAAUAUUUAAAAUGCCUAAAUAUUGUACAUAUGGCAUUUUUGUGUGUGUACAUGCCAACCAGGCAUUCUAAAUGCAGGAACAGUAUUACUGCUUUUUAAAAACAUGGGCACAAGAAAGAAAAUAGCAGUACAGCAUCACAAGUACAAAAAAAUGCACUGUUUGUUGCUGGCUGUGUGACGAGAUUUGGGUAAAAUGUUCUGAGGUGAUUUCAUCUGUAAAUAUAUUUUUAUAUGAACUUGUAUUAUGCUUUGAGGGUUUUAGGGAAUUAUUCCAUGUAUAGAUACUAUGUUGGAUAUAUGUAAAGUAGCAAAUGGUUCAAGAAAAAGGAAAUAUGAAUGGCCUACUGUAGUUUUGACUUUUUAGAGAGUAAUUGAGAUAAUGGGACCUUAUGGACAAGCUGCUGCUACUGCUGUUUGAUUUGUAUGUAUAGUAAGCUAACUCCUAGUAUUUUGCAAUUAUUGUAAAGAAUGUAAUUUAUAUUCUAUUUCUGCUAUACUGUAUUUAAUUGGUAUAGGACAAUUGUGUUAGAAUACAGAGUGUUACUUCAGAUUUUUAUAAAUGUUUUUGCUUAUUUGAUUUUAUAUUCUGUAACAGACCAUUUUAUUAACUAAACUGUUCAGUAAUUCAAAUUUUAGCGUAUUCUAUACUUACGUCUGGAUACACUUUUUGAAGAUGAUAAAGUAUUAAAGUCGUAAAGUAUGUUCA